CGGCGCGGCCCCGGCGCCUGCGCGCUGUGAGGAGAGGCGGGGUGGCCGGGCCCGGAGCGGAGUCCAGGUUUGUUGUUGUUGUCCCAAGCCCAGCGGCUCCUCAGUCGCCGCUCCUCGCCGCCGCCAUGUCCAGCCCUCAGGAGCCGCCGCAGCAGCACAACAACAACAACAACCCGCCGGCUGAGGGGACGCACAUCGAGCCGGGCCUCAACAGUUCCUGGGUGGAGUUACAGAUGAACGGCAAUGGCAAUAGCAACGACAAUGGCAAUGGGAAGAAUGGAGGUCUGGAACAUGUCCCUUCAUCAUCCUCCAUCCACAACGGAGACAUGGAAAAAAUUCUCCUGGACGCCCAGCAUGAAUCAGGACAGAGCAGUUCAAGAGGUAGCUCCCACUGUGACAGCCCUUCACCUCAAGAAGAUGGACAGAUAACUUUUGAUGUGGAAAUGCACACAAGUAAAGACAGCAGUUCUCAGUCUGAAGAAGAAGCCGUAGAAGGAGAGAAAGAGUUGGAAGUUUUGAAGAAGAGUGCAGACUGGGUGUCAGACUGGUCGAGUAGGCCUGAAAACAUUCCUCCCAAGGAAUUUCAUUUCAGACAUCCUAAACGUUCAGUGUCUUUAAGUAUGAGAAAAAGUGGAGCAAUGAAAAAAGGUGGCAUUUUCUCUGCAGAAUUUCUUAAGGUUUUCAUUCCAUCUCUGUUCAUAUCUCAUGUUUUGGCUUUGGGACUAGGCAUCUACAUUGGAAAACGACUGACCACACCUUCAGCCAGCACUUACUGAAAGAUGGAGUGCAAAACCUGGAAAUCCACGUGACCUGUGAAGGUGUUACUGUCUCAUUUAGUACAUUUGACUUGAGACCAUUUUAAGCAUGACCCUGACUUCACCCUUUCCUUACAUAUCCAGGUUUUCGCUAACUCUGGAAUUCAGUAUUGUGUUGGAACUCUGUUGAGGUGUUUCGCUAUCCACAUUCUUUCCCUCUCUCCUCCCAUUCCCCUGCCUCUUGGCCUGCAAGACACGUCAGAGUUGCUGAACGGAGUUUACAACUGUCUAUAUGUUGCAAGGGCUUCUCUCAAUGCAAAAUGCCACCAGCAAGUUUUAAUUUUAUCAGUGAUGCUGUUGCCUCCUUAGUGCAACCUGACUUAAAUUGCAGUUGUGCAUGGUAUAAAUGUUGGCUGUAUUAUGGUGAUAAAAUUAACAGUCUCUUUGGAAGAAAAUUACUGAUUGGAGUGAAAAUGAAUUUUUCUUUUGAAAAAACAAGCUGUUUGUGAAAUAAACUAAGAAAUCACUGGCAAUAAAAAAACAGUUUAAAUCGGCUUUGGGGGGGAAUUUACUUGGCCCCUUGUAUUGGCUAACACCGUUUGAUUUGCAGGAGGCAAAGACUGCAUAAAUUUUAAAGUAGGAUAACUAAAUCCAUCAGCAUAUUUUAUUAAUAGGUAAUUGUUGUAAUCUUGUCUUUUCUAUGAAGUCAUCUCCUUAUUCCUUGUAGGAAAACCUGUCUGAUGCCUAGAAAAUGUUAGAAAAAUUGCAUUGUUUGCAUGUGAAGAAGCUUUUCUUUUCCUUACAUGUUUUCUUAAGGGAAAAUUUUAAAUGUGAAAUUUUCCUUUUAAAAGUAGUUUUAAAUUAAGGAAAAACCCAAAAGCUGUAGGUGUAGUUAGACUUUGUAUAAAAGAAUAUGAUUCUGUUUGUUGUGGAACCAUUUACAAUUAUGAUGAUAUGGCAGUUUCAGAAGGUAAAGCGUUUGACCUAUCGUUAAGGGGGACAAUCUUGCAGGUGCGUAGAGAUUCAGAAGUUGUAAAGCUCUGAAAUGUCUUCUGCAAAUGAAUUUUCAAUAUUCCUAUCUCACUGUUUACUGUACAAUCUCCUCUGGGGAUCCAUGGAAUCCGAAAGUCAUUCGUGAUGUCUCAUGUUAGCUAGACUUCUCACUAAUGUUGUUGAACUUUUAUCUUAGGGAACAUUAAGCCUUGUCCUCCUUCAGUGACACUUCUUUUCAAAAUGUGAAGCUUUAGUACCAAAUUGUUACAAAGCGUUGGGACAGUCUUGUCCUUAAAUAGAUUUUAUUGGAUUUCAGAACAUGUAGCAUGACUCUGAAGGAUAGAAUACUCUUUUUUUAUAUAUAUAUGAAUAUAUAAAAAAAAAUAUGAUAUAGACUUUAAUACUAAGUAUUUAGGGAACCAAUGCUAAUUUUAAGACUAGCAAAAGUCUCAUUUAAAUAAAAACUUUAGUAGGCUGACCUGUAGAAAAUGGUAAGAAAAUAUAGUCAGCCAGUUUGGAGAGAACAGCUACCUAUAAUUGUUUGCUUGCGUCAGACUUUAUAAAGUUGAUUAUUUGGUAUAGCAGUGAUCGCUUGAAACAGUUGAUGCAGAGAAGCUGAAUCCCAAUUGAAGUUUGAUUUAAAAGAACUUACUUAGCUCCCGGGAAGUGAAAAAGUUAAGUAUAAAUCCACCGCUAAACUGUAUUUAUUUUUAUUCUCUACUUCCGAAUGCUGUUAGAGAAUGCUUUCAGGGUGAAAGGGCAGUCUAACAAAAAGUUCUGUUGCAGACAUCUGCUUUAUUUUCUUUUAGUUGUGAAUACUUGAGUUGCCUACAACUGCGUAUUUGUUUGAAGCGUGGACAUUGGGUUUCACCCAAAGGUGGGGGAGGGAAGGGGGAAGUGGUGAAGGGUGUUUUAGAUGGUAUCAAGUACAUCAUUUUACAGUCCUAAAAACUGAGGGGACAGGGGAAAGGCUGAAACACUUUCAGUUCUAAUUACAGCACCUUGUUUUGUAUGGAAAUUGGAAUAGUGGAAAAAUAGAUCUUUACUAAGUAGGGAGUACUUUUUUUCAAAAAAAGUAAUAAAAAUUACCCCUUUCUAAAUUAAAAGGUAAUUCUUCUUCAGAAGAUCUGAUAAAUAAUAUUUCAAGCUUGUGGCUAGAGUAUCAACACAGCUUAUAAUAUUUGAAAGAGCUGUGAAGUAAAAAUUGUGAAAACUAGAGAUGAGGAAUGGAGACGUGAUCACUGUAACACUUGCUAGGAUACAAUGCAGUAUUUAUUGAUACCCUGCUAUAAGCUUUGGAUGAAAGUCUACAACUUCUUGUUUUACAAUGAACAGAAACAGAUUGUUGUAUAAUUUGAAAAGGGGUUUCAACUAUUGAUAGUUGAAGUUUUGUUAAGAUAAAUGUUGUUUAAAAAGCUUUAUACCUGUUUACAGUUUUGGAAAAAAAAUGCAGGCUUCAUUUUUCUCACAUUCAGUGAAAACUGGCCUAGAAUAUUUGUAAAUAGGAUCAAGAAAAAAAAAUGCAUAAACUCGCACAUUAAAAAUGCAGCAGGCUAACUUAACUGCAGCAAAUGCAUAUUUACUUACUGUUUUAAAAAGUGAAAGCUGAAGAUUGUUAGAAAUUCAAAUUUUUUAAUUGACAUUUGCUGAAAUAUUGGAGUUAACUGAGCCAAAGUGAUUAUGCAUUCUUCAUAAAUUAGUUAGCACUUUGUAACGUUAUAUACAGUUUACAGUACAUGUAUAAGUUGUAGCUUAUAAACAUUUUGUGCCAUUAAAGCUCUCACAAAACUGGUUGUCUGAAAUUACUUCAUGUUGCGUCUUUUUUCUCUUUCCUUCUUUUAUUUUCUUUUUUUUUUUUUACAGGACUGCUUUGUAUAAUGUUUUAUGAAACUAUUGUGUUCUGAGUUAUAUGAACAUUGAAGCUGCUGUUUAUAGACUGGAAUGAUUUUUUUUUGAAAGAUUGCUUGGGGUUUGUUUUGGGUUUUUUUUUUAGUGACUUGGGAUCAUCCGCUUCUUUUCCUGAAGCACUUAAUAAAAAUAUUCCCAUUUUCAGCGAUGUAUACCUGUGCUAAGUCCUCCAGGACCUUGUCAAGGAAAACUUUUAAAGCAAAAUAAUGUAGUGGCAUAUGAAAUGUAAAGUAGAAUUGAUGAGAUUUUGUAUAAUUGGUCAACUCUGUUGUACUCCUUGUAUUUAUCUUCUGUUUCCUAAUUCUGUUAAAUUUGCAGAUUAAAGAAUAAGGGACAUAAACCCUAGUUGUUAAUCUGCCUCCAUAUUCUUGGUUCAAGAGCGCUGGUUAUUUCUGGGAGUAUCGUGUGAAGAGUUGUUCAUUCUAAGUGUGAAAUGUCAUCCUUCUGAUACUGUUCCUGCCCAUUUUAGUUACCUGGUGAUUGUUUUACGUGUUUUUAAUGUAAAAAUCCAGAACUUUGUGAAAGCGGGAUUUAUUUAUUUUUUCUGAGGAAUAAGAUAAAAUUAUAAAUCCAACUUGCAGAAAGUUUAGACGUCUGGGAAUUACAGUGAAAUUUGGACUUGAAGUUGUGAAUUACUACUACUUUGAAACAGCUUUGGAGAGCAGGGUUGUAGGGCUUUUGAGCAGAUUGUUUCUCUGCAGCCAACUGAGAUAAACACAUUUACUUAGUAGGUGUUGCAGGGAAAAUAAUUUCAUUGUGUGUUUCGAAACCUUUUUAGUUGUAUUGCAAUGUUUUGCAAAGGAAUAAUAAGAUAAUAUUGCAUAAAGCAGCAGUAUCUUUGCACUAAUAUUAUUCUGGUAUAAAUCACAUUUUGAUAAGAGUUUGAGGACUGUCUUUUAAGUUGUUGGUUUUUUUUUUUUUUUUUUAAUUCUAGUUCAAGAGUGUUUGAAGAGAAGGGAUUUAUUUGCAUAGUUAUUUUAGAGCAGCAUAGUGAUAUUACUUAUCUGUUCAACUAAACGCAAUGUAGCUGGAGAAGUGAGCUGCAUAGUGUCUUGCUUUUCUCUGUAAUCAGCACCAAAAAAGUGUGUUUUGUGUUAAAUUCUAGGAAAGUUACCUUCUACCUUUAGUUAACUACAAUGCACCUAGAGAUUCAUCUAAGUUAGCUAUUCACGUGAGACCAACACGGGAUAUUAAGUUCUACUUGGACUCUGUUUUCAAACUUAACUGUGUAUAUAUAUGAAAAGAUGAGAAUUUACUUUGAAUUCUGUCUUUUAUGAAAAAGUUCUGUAUAAAAAUGUUACUUAUACAUUUGUGUGUGUGCAUACAUGUAAAAAUCCUAUCUAAAAAAUGAAAUCCUGAUUCUGUGCAAGCGUC